AAACCAUCUGAUUUAAAGCGACAAUUCUCCAACCUCAUCCCUACCCCUCUUCAAAACCAAGUAGAAAUCGAAAAGCGGUAAGGAUGGCGAUCCACUCCCCCAACACCACCCUCUCCACAAACGACGCACGCAUUCUAAACGCCCUCUUCGACCCCGAAACACUCCCCUCCUCAGUCGCAGCCUCGAAAUCCGCCUCUAUGAUCGACGCCUCCCUCCCACCACACCCAAACAUCCCCUCAUCGCAACUCUCCAUCCUCGAAACGCAACAAAACGACAUCGUGCGAGAAAUCUCCUCAUCAUCCUCCCCAUCCCGCAUCGAAGAUGCCAUCAGACAAGAAGAUGCCAUCAUAGAAAAGCACCCAAACUACCCCAGCCCCCACCUAAACCGCGCAAUGUUGCGCCGUCUUCACCUCGAGUCCGCAUUACCAAAGAACCAGACCCUAUUCUCCGCACCCGAAGAGCAAAUCUCAGCACUCUUCACCGAUCUUUCUCGCGCAAUCCACAUCUCUCUUCCCUCAGCAUCGCCGUCUUCCCCCGUCUCCCCCUACCAAGCGCGCAUCCUGCGCACAGCGUACGCGCACCGCGCGUAUCUGUAUCUCAAAGCCGCGGAGACGGGCGUGCAGCUGAUUGGGAAGGGGAAUAGCGAGCUGGAGGAACUGGCUUCGAGCGAUUUCGCUGCGGCGGCAAGGUAUGGGGAUGAAGUGGCGAGGGAGAUGAGUGUGAGGACGAAUCCGUAUGCGAAGAUGUGUGGGGCUAUUGUGAGGAAUGCUUUGAAGGAGGAGAGGGGGGAUUAUGGAGGCUGAUGGGCUUUGGGGGAGGAUGGAGAGGGAGAGUGGAGGUGGGACUGGGGGUUGAGGGACUCCAGGCUGGGUGAUGGCAUGACGGGAGUGGUAGUAUCAAGGCGCUAGGAUGGGGGAGGAAAUACGAAGGCUAAUGGGCUUCAGGGUAGGAUAUAGGGAAGGAUUGGAGGCGGGAUAGGGGGUUGAGGACUUCAGGCUACGUCUUGACAAGUCCAGGAGGGUGGCAUUGGGGCCGUGGAAUCAGCGUAUUGCACAUCAGAUGGAUAGUAAGGUGCGGGUCGACAAAUAUAGAGGUGUAGGAGAGAAGGAUGAAUCUUAUAGAAGCUAUACUGCUGACUUCGGCUAGCACAACGACCUAGACUCCGGCACUAAAUGUGUACUCAUUGACACACCAGACGUCUUCGUGUCAAACGCUCCUACGCGCAACUAC